GCUUCGUCUUGUUAAGUCAAGUCGUUAGAUCUCAACCUUUGUCUCAGUGUGAUCAGACUAAAAAUGGCCUCCCGCGUUUUCCUCCUCCUCCUCUCUCUCACCGCUCUUCUAAUCUUCUCCGCCGUCUCUCCUUCCCUCGCCGCCUCUUCCUCCGACGUAGACGACGACGAGGAGGAUCUCAGCUUCCUCGAAGACCCCAAAGAAGGAGCCGAAUCUCCCGCUAAGCCACUCACCGACGAGUUCAACGGAGAAGAAGAAGAUCCCGAGCCCUACGACGACGACGAGGAAGAAGACGGAGAAGACUUCUCCGAUCUAGGAAACAACCCAGACUCCGACCCCCUCCCGGCGCCGGAAGUCGACGAGAAAGACGUGGUGGUGAUCAAGGAGCGUAACUUCACAGACGUGAUCGAGAACAACGAGUACGUCAUGGUCGAGUUCUACGCUCCCUGGUGUGGUUACUGCCAGUCUCUUGCCCCCGAGUACGCCGCAGCAGCAACGGAGCUUAAAGGGAACGGCGUCGUUUUGGCUAAAAUCGAUGCCACCGAGGAGAACGAGCUCGCUCAUCAGUAUAGCGUUCAGGGCUUCCCCACUAUUCUCUUCUUUGUAGAUGGCGAGCACAAGCCUUACACUGGAGGCAGAACCAAAGAGACAAUAGUGACGUGGGUGAAGAAGAAGAUAGGUCCUAGCGUGUAUAACUUGACGACGUUGGAUGAUGCGGAGAAAGUGUUGACUUCUGGGAACAAAGUCGUCUUGGGUUACUUGAACUCUUUGGUUGGCGUUGAGCACGAUCAGCUUGCUGCUGCUUCCAAAGCUGAAGACGAUGUGAACUUCUAUCAAACGGUUAACCCUGAUGUGGCCAAGAUGUUUCAUAUUGAUCCUGAGUCUAAGCGGCCUGCUCUUGUCUUAGUUAAGAGAGAAGAGGAGAAGAUUAGCCAUUUUGAUGGGGAGUUUGUGAAGUCUGCUCUAGUUAGUUUUGUGUCCGCCAACAAGCUUCCUUUGGUCACUGUCUUCACCCCAGAGAGCGCCCAAGAGAUUUUUGAGAGUGCAAUCAAGAAGCAGUUGUUGUUGUUUGCAACCAAAAAUGAAUCUGAAAAGGUUCUUCUAGAGUUUGCAGAAGCAGCAAAAGCCUUUAAAGGAAAGCUCAUCUUUGUAUAUGUGGAUGUGGAUAACGAGGAGUAUGGGCAGCCAGUUGCCGACUACUUUGGUGCGUCUAACAAUAGUCCGAAACUUGUGGCCUUCACAGGAAAUGAAGAUCCUAAAAAACACUACUUUUAUGGCGAAAUCAAGUCAGAUGAAAUUAAGACAUUUGGGGAAGAGUUCUUGAGCGACAAGCUAAAGCCUUUCUAUAAGUCAGACCCCAUUCCUGAAAAUAAUGAUGGAGAUGUGAAAAUCGUGGUUGGAGAUAACUUUGACGAAAUUGUCCUGGACGAGUCUAAGGAUGUUCUUCUCGAGGUCUAUGCACCAUGGUGUGGGCAUUGCGAAGCCCUUGAGCCAAUCUAUAACAAGCUUGCCAAACAUUUAAGAAGCAUUGAUUCUCUUGUUAUAGCUAAGAUGGAUGGAACAACCAAUGAACACCCCAAGGCAAAGGCUGAAGGAUUCCCUACAAUUCUCUUCUUCCCUGCAGGAAACAAGACCUCGGAACCGAUAACGGUAGAUGCAGACCGCACUGUGGUUGCAUUUUACAAGUUUAUGAGGAAACACGCAACGAUUCCGUUCAAACUUGAGAAACCUGAAUCAACUAAAGCUGCUGAGUCCACGCCAAAAGUAGAAACUACUGAGACCACCACAGAGAGUACCAAAAGUGAUUCCAAGGAUGAAUUGUGAUCCCAAGCUAAGAAAAGGGUAUAAGUUAUAGAAAUACAUCUCCUUAAGUUAUAUUGUAUGAUCAAGUUAUAUUUAGUUCGAGUUAAAGACAAUUUCAACACUUGAAUCUGGUUUCAAAGGCCAGCUUGUAGAACUGUCACACACUGAAGUAUGGUAACAGAACCAACUUAAUAAACA